CUCUCUCUCUCUCUGCGACCUCUCAGAGAGAGAGAGAGAGAGAGAGAGAGAGACGCAGGGAGGAAGAGAGAGCCAUGCCCACUGCUGCAGAAGGUGGAAGGCUUCAACUGAGCCGGUGAUCCCCGUGGGGGGGGGGGGGGGGAGACACCUCAACGGCGCCCCAGGGGACCCUGCGCUCCAAGCGGGGGCCUCACUGGCCUCCAUGUUGGACCGGGCCUGGCUACUCUUCUAAGAUGUCUGUUUUGUAUGGGACUUAGUGGUAAUUGUGUUACGGUGUCUUUAUUUGGUGGGGAUGGGGGGGGGUAAUUUCAGACAGCAUUGGGUUUUUGUUUGAUGUCAUGGCCUGUUUCUUGGGGUUUUAUCUUGUCCUGCAUUAUAUUCAACCUAUUCACAGACAAAAAGAUUGCUAAAAAAAUUAACAACAUUCUCUUACAGAUAGAGUCCCAACUAGAGAUGGUGAAUGAAACGACUGUCACUGAAUUUAUACUCCUGGGACUCUCCAGCAGCCCAACAGCACAAUUGUUUCUCUUUGCUCUCUUUCUUGUCAUUUAUUUAACAGUCUUGAUUGGGAAUAUUCUUAUCCUGCUCAUGAUCAGCUUGGACAAAAGAUUUCACAAUCCCAUGUAUUUUUUCCUUUUCAAUCUCUCUGUGGUGGAUAUUGGGAGCACAACUUCCACUGUCCCCAAGAUGCUCCUGAUUUACCUUUCUCAAGACAAGACAAUUUCCUUAGCAGGAUGCUUCACUCAAAUGUAUUUCUUCAUCUCCUUUGGUGGGAUUGAGUGCCUCCUACUAGGUGUCAUGGCAUAUGAUCGGUAUGCAGCUAUUUGUCACCCACUACACUAUAAUGUGCUGAUGCGUCCAAAAGUGUGUGCCUCUCUUGCAGCAACUGCUUGGAUUCUUGGCUUGUCUAACUCAGGGAUACACUCUGGCUUGAUGUCUCGUCUGUCUUUCUGUCAGGAUAAUGUCAUUCAGCACUUUUUCUGUGACGUCCCACCUCUUUUCCAACUCUCCUGUUCUAACACUCUGAUCAACCAAAUUGUUACUUUUGUAGUGGGCGGAAGUGUGAUCAUGGGUCCAUUUCUGGUUAUCCUGGUGUCUUAUGUCUAUAUAGUUGUAGCUAUCCUUAUGAUCCGCACAAAAGAAGGGAGGCUGAAAGCAUUUUCCACUUGUGCUUCUCACCUUAUUGUUGUGAACAUUUAUUACGGGACCAUCAUCUUCACAUACAUACGUCCAAACUCCAGUUACUCCCAGGCACAAGACCAAAUCUCGUCUGUGUUCUAUGCAAUACUAACACCUAUGCUCAAUCCAAUCAUAUAUAGCUUGAGGAACAAGGAUGUGCAAAGAGUAUUUCGGAAAGUAAUGCACGGCAAAUAGCAGGUGAAAGCACUCAAUUUCCAAGCUUAAAAUUACUGUUGGGUUUCCAGCUCCCUUCCCAUAAGAAGCAUAAGUAAAUCUGGAAAACCUGGUUUGCUCUAAAUGCUAGUAACAAACAAAUGUGGAUAUACUUUUUAUUCUUAGACACAUAUAUAGAAGAUGCAUGCUGGCCACCCAUUCCAAGAAAUGCCCCAGUACCUUUAAAAAAAUCUAUUUGCUUCUAUGCUUUAAGAUCCAGUGAAAGAUGAAAAGUGAGAGAAGGGAGUUAUUUCAGGUACACAGGCAAUCCACAAUAACAGACUAAACUGUACCUUCAGGAUGAUGAAGUAUUUUCCUAUCAUAUCACUAAAAUUUCCAAAAGUACAGAGAUCUGUCAGGGACUCAAAUCUGGUGUGUUCAAAACACCAGAAUACCUCUAUACCCUGAGUUCACAGCCAAAAUUGAGUAUUGAAAACAGAAUGAAAAUAUAUGUGCCCUGUUGUGAGGAAGAGCCUAAUAAGAAGAGCUUGCUUAGAUCAGUAGACUUGGGAGGCUGUAGGGAAACUUUUAUGAGUUGAGGGGAUGGGGCUUUUGGGGUAUUGGCCUGAGAACUUGCCCACAUUUUCUUCAUUCAUAAUUUUGCUGUAUAGUAGUAACUUACCAUUAAAGAAAUGUCUAAGAUUUACUUGUGAGUGAAUGUAAUUGUUAAUAAAGUUCCGCAAUAAUCUCA